GAAACUGCAGGGUUUGCAAUGUUUUCCUGAGAAGCUCUUUUCUUUCUCUCUCGAUUGCUGUUGAGAGGAGAAUUACAGACACGGGACACCGCAUCCAGGAGGCGAACUUAAGUGAGACAGCCAUGAAGAAAUCCCUGGUGUUGGUUUUCACACUUGUCAUCCUGUGGAUGGAGGACACAGGUGCGGAAGAAUCAGAUGGAUUUCACCUAAAGGGAAGAACAAAGCGUCAAAUUCCAAAAACUGUAAAGGUCACCACCAUUCUGGAACAGCCCUUUGCUAUGAUGACUGACUCUGAUUUGGAAGGAUUCUGUGUGGAUCUUCUGUCGGAACUUUCUAAAACCUUGAAGUUCAACUAUACAUUACAUGUGGUGAAAGACGGUCGGUACGGCGCCAAAGACCAGAAUGGAAAUUGGAACGGGAUGGUUGGAGAGGUCAUCAGGAAGGAGGCAGACUUGGCAGUGGCUCCUUUGACCAUUACUGCAAUAAGAGAGGACACAAUAUCUUUCACCAAACCCUUUUUGCAGACCGGAAUUGGCAUACUUCUCAAGAAAGAGUCGUUUUCUGACGGGUCUUACUUUUUUGGCUUCCUAAAUCCUUUCAGCAAAGAACUGUGGAUAGGAAUCAUUAUCUCUUAUGUGAUCACCAGCCUGUGCCUGUUCCUAGUAGGAAGGGUAAGUCCAUGUGAAUGGGCUGAACCAUCGAAUGAACAGAAUCGGUACACUCUGCUGAACAGUCUUUGGUUUGGCAUGGGAGCACUUACACUGCAAGGUGUGGAGCCUCAGCCCAAGUCUGUGUCUGCCAGAAUCAUUGCCGUUAUUUGGUGGCUCUUUUCCAUUACCCUAUUGGCUGCCUAUAUCGCCAGUUUUGCUUCAUAUGUAAACAACACCAAAGCGCAAACUCCAAACAUUCAGACAUUCGAUGAUUUGCUGAAGCAAAAUAAAAUUGAGUUUGGGACAUUGGCCAACUCUUCCACCUUCAAUUUCUUUAAGAAUUCUAAAAACCCAACUUUGCGAAUGAUUUAUGAGUAUAUGGAUAAAAGAAAAGAUCGAGUACUCGUGAAGACUUUUUCCGAAGGAGUCCAAAAAGUCAGAGAGUCAAACUACGCCUUCCUGGGAGAGUCCCUCAGCCAAGACUAUGUUGCGGCCAAACACUGCGAUCUUGUUCGUGCCCCGGAAAUCAUUGGAAGAAGAGGUUAUGGUGUCGCUGCUGCACUAGACUCGCCCAUCAUCAGGCCCCUGUCAAUCGCAAUUCUGGAACAAUUUGAAUCCGGUAAUCUGGAGUAUCUGCGGCAGAAGUGGUGGGAAAACACAUGCACGUCUGCAGAAGUGCAUGAUGGCUGGGUGCCCGUGCAACCCCAAACCCUGGGGGGAAUUUUCCUCAUUCUGGGCAUCGGUCUGGCCCUGGGACUGAUCAUCUCAUUCAUUGAGCUGGUGUGUAAAUCGAAGUGCAAGGCGGUCCAACAGCAGAAGUCCUGCUGUUCUGCCUUCUCAGAAGAAAUAGGCGAGCGCUUUGGAAAAAGUGAAAAUCAGGAGAGUCUGGAAAAGGUGCAACCAUGAGAUUACAGCAAGUUGGGAUAUGAAAAAAAAAUAAUAAUAAUCUUUUGUGAAUUUGCAGUUAAAUAACCUACUUUCUGUAGUGGUGCCUUUCUGUACUAGUGUAUUUGACCAGUCAUGAAUAUGGUGCUCAGAAGUCUUUUUAUUUUUUACUAUUUUAAAGUUACUUGUCCUACAGAAAUAACUAUAGUAACACAACAAGCUUUAAGACUCACACGUGUACGUAACAUGGAUCUAACUAAUUCAAUUGUGGUCAGUUCUGUACAAAGACCUCUGAGUUAUAUUCAAGAUAAUGGUUUGGGUAACUACUGCUAUUUGGCUAACUUGCCAUUAAACAGGUACUUCAGAGGG